AAAGCUCGUCACUGCUUCAAUAUGCAAUCCAAACGUUACAUAACGCCCUCUGGCUGGAUUACAUCACAUAUUACUAACUUGGGACUUUGACUUUCGACGCGGCGAACAACGCGUCGCGACCUCACCACGCGUGUCCCUACACCCUACACACUGCAAAACCACCACGUUUCCCAACCCAAGACCCGCUCAACAAAAGACCCCGCGCGCCAUGACCGAGGUGCUGGAUAUCCUAUCCGCGCGGCGCGAGAGCUACAGCAGACUACCGCAUCAACUUGAGGACAGCAGUAGAGAGGAUGCCGGCGGAGUUGAUGACGGACGCGCGGUACCGUUCGAUCUUGUGAGUGAGGGGGGUGAGGAGGUGGCGCUGGAGAUGAUGGCGCGGGAAGUGAAGGAUGAGGAGGAAGAAGAUGCGUUGGUGCGGGAUAUGCUGUUGAAGGAGACGAGGAGGAGGCGUGAGGAGGAGGCUGCGCGGCCGGCGGUGAUGCCGUUUGAAAUUACAGAGGAGGAGUUGGUGGAGGAGCAAGAAGAAGAAGAAGAUGCGAUCGUCGAUUUUGAGCAACUUGUUCAGCAGCAGAGUACUGUUUCUGCUGACGACGACGACGACCACGACGACCACGACGACGAAAAAGACACCCGUGCCGAAACCGAGGAAUUACUCCAGCGCCUACGCCAGCGUCGCCGUGUCACGCAGGACGACCUUACAGGCUCAUUCUACCGCAAAGCGAUCCUCGCCAACGGCGAAGAAGUCAAACUCCGACAACGCUCGUCGCGGUUUGCGGCCGGUCUCUUUCAGCAGCAUCAGCAGAGCAAGCAGCGCGCGAAGCGGGAUCAGGAGUAUGGCUCGGAUAUUUCAAAGAUGAUGAUUGAGAUUGAGGAGGAGUUGCGGAUGAAGAAGGAGAUGGCGGUAAGGGCGGAUGUGGCUGAUGAUGGUGAGGGGACUUUGAGGCAGCAGGAGCUUUGGGUUGAGAAGUGGAGAGCGUCGAAGUGGGUUGACUUGGUCGGCGACGAGCGAACCCACCGCCAUCUCCUCCGCUGGAUCCAACAAUGGUCCCACGCAGUCUUCAAAAAACCCGCCGACGCGCUCCCGAAAUCCCGCCCGAAACCAGGCAUCCAAGCCGACGCGGCCCCGCCGCUCGCGACCGACCCCUUCCACCGACCGUACAAGAAACUGAUCUUGCUGCACGGUCCGCCGGGGCUGGGGAAGACGACGGUUGCGCACGUAGCGGCGAAGCAGGCGGGGUACGAUGUGCUGGAGAUUAAUGCGAGCGACGAGCGCGGCGGACCGGCGGUGCAGGCGAAGAUCUCGGGGGCGCUGGAGUCGCAUCGGGUGGGGAAGAAGCCGGUCUGUAUAAUCAUCGACGAGAUUGACGGCGGAGCGGAGUCUGGCUUCAUCCGAGUGAUAAUGGACAUCCUCACCUCAGACUCCAAAGCAAUCCAGCAGCGCCCGACCGGCACCUCGACAACCGCGCCCAAGAAGCGCAAGAAAACCCACAAAUUCCUACUUCGCCCGAUCAUCGCGAUCUGCAACGACCCCUACGUGUCUGCGCUGCGCAACCUGCGCCCGCUCGCCGAGAUCGUGUCGUACAAGCGGCCGCCGGUGUCCGUCGUCGUGACGCGGCUGCGGGAGAUUUGCGCGGCGGAGAAAGUGGCGGUCGACUCGCGCACGCUGAAGGAGCUCGUCGAGCGCACGGACGGCGACGUGCGGAGCUGUAUUAACACGCUGCAGUUCGACAUGGGCGGCGCGCGCGUGGGGAGACAGAGUAUAGGGCAGAAAGAUAUCGGCGCGAGUGCGAACGCAAUCAUCGGGCGCGUGUUCAGGCAGGACAAGAGCGCGCGGACGAAGAGCGAGCGGCUGCGAGCCGUGGUCGAGGACGUCGAGCGCAAUGCCGAGUUUGACAAGAUCACGACCGGCUGCUUCGCGCUGUAUCCGAGCAUGCAGUACACCGACGACAUGCUCGGCAAGCCGGUCGCGGCGGGAGAUUGGCUGCAUUUCUACGACGCGCUCUCGUACUCGAUGUACCACAACCAGAACCGCGAGCUCAACCAGUACCUGUCGUACACGGCCGGCGCGUUCCACUCCAUGUUUAGCAGCACGAUGAACGAGGUCAAGGAGUUUGCGAUUCCUAAAGACGACUACGAGGCGCGGGAGAAGCAGCGGUCGAGUAAGGACUUGCUCAAGCAGACGAUCGCGCAGGCGCCGGCGUCCACAGCGCGCUUGUUUAGGCAGGAAAGCACGAUCGCGACCGAGCUCGCGCCGUUCUUGCUCAACAUCAUUUCGCCAAAGUUGAACCCGGUCAACUCGAGCGUGCUGGUGGAGAGCGAGAAAGAGAUGUUGGCGCAUACGGUCGACGUGCUGAUUGACUUUGGGUUUAAGUAUAUCCAGCAGCGCACCGAGAGCGGCGUGUACGUCUAUCGGGCUGAUCCGCCGAUUGAGCAGAUUGCAAAGUUCUCGGUGCAGGACCAGGAGAUUGCCGCGGUGGGAAAGUACAUGAUCAGACAGCUGAUCAGCCAGGCGCUUGAUAUGGAGACUGUUAGGAGACUGAGACUUCCACGAGCAGCAGCAGCAAACGCUACGAAGAAGAAGCGCAAGUCAGAGAUCGACGACUACAACGACGCGAAGAAGCAGGACGGCGCGGAGGAAGAUCCCGAGAUUGACAAUCUCAACUCAUCUCCAGAGCGACACCGCGACAAACGCCCGAUAACCUCCACCGCCGACCUACUCUCCUCCUCGCCCGUGAAGAUCCCCGAAGAAAAACCCGCGCGUCCGACCUUCCUAUCCUUCUUCACGCGCUCAACCUCCGCAGCUGACUCAUCGCAAUCGUCUACGGGCGACAGCAACAACAACAGCAACGGCGGCGCGCACUCCCGCGAGAGCUCGAUGCAGGCCGCGAAAGAGCGCGUGCGCAGAGAGCGCGAGAGUCGCGUGUGGGUGCAGUUCCACGACGGGUUUUCAAACGCGGUGAAGAAGCCAAUCCAGUGGAACGAUUUCUGGCGGGAUUUGUAGUUAGUUAUAGGAAUAGUUAGAUAAAUGCAUGG